CACAUCCAUUUGACAGAAGAAUUGGCGUGAAAAACCACAACUACUCUACACGGCUGUUUGAUCUCAGAAUAAUCGUGCAGUUUGUGAGCAAACCUGCUGCCUUCCAGCCAUGGGGAAAGAGAAGACUCACGUUAACGUGGCCAUUAUCGGCCACGUCGACAGCGGCAAGUCCACCACCACUGGACACCUCGUCUACAAGUGUGGCGGCAUCGAUCAGAGACGACUGGAGAAGUUUGAGAAAGCUGCUGCACAGAUGGGGAAGAGUUCCUUCAAAUUUGCCUGGGUGUUGGACAAGCUGAAAGCAGAGAGGGAGCGUGGAAUCACCAUUGACAUUUCACUGCUUAAGUUUAACACCCAAAAGUACAGCAUGACUAUAAUCGAUGCUCCCGGCCAUCGUGACUUCAUCAAAAACAUGAUAACAGGGACGUCUCAGGCUGACGUUGCCCUCCUGGUGGUCUCAGCAGCCAAGGGAGAGUAUGAGUCUGGUGUGUCCAGAAGUGGUCAGACCAGAGAGCACGCCCUGCUGGCCUACACGCUGGGCGUCAAGCAGAUCAUCGUCUGUGUGAACAAAAUGGAUCUGAGUGAACCGCCUUACAGUCAGAAACGUUUUGAAGAAGUGGCGCGAGGCGUGAGCGGCUUCCUCAGGAAGAUUGGCUACGACCCUGCGACUGUGCCCUUUGUUCCAGUCUCUGGUUGGACCGGGGAGAACAUGAUCACUGCGACCCAGAAGAUGCCUUGGUUCCAAGGAUGGAAAAUCAGACGGAGAGAAGGGAGUUCAAGUGGGAAAACUCUACUGGAAGUUCUGGACUCGAUUCAGCCACCUGUGCGCAUCAUUAACAAGCCUUUACGAUUACCUCUGCAGGAUGUCUACAAGAUUGGAGGUGUUGGGACUGUUCCAGUGGGCAAGAUUGAAACGGGUGUCCUCAAACCUGGAAUGACCCUGAUGUUCUCACCUGCCAAGCUCACGGCUGAGGUCAAGUCCAUUGAGAUGCACCACCAGGGGCUGCAGACGGCUCUUCCAGGACACAAUGUUGGCUUCAACAUUAAGAAUGUCUCCGUCAAGAACCUGCGGCGCGGAGACGUGGCCGGCAACGCACAGCAGGAUCCUCCGUCAGACGUCAGCAGCUUUGAAGCUCAGGUGAUUAUCCUGAACCAUCCAGGGAAGGUGAAAGCCGGCUACUCACCUGUGCUGGACUGCCACACUGCCCACGUCACCUGCCGCUUUGCCGAGCUGAAGGAGAAGAUUGACCGUCGCACAGGCAAGAAGCUGGAGGACCAGCCACAGGUGCUGGUGUCUGGAGAUGCUGCCACUGUCAAACUGGUUCCCAUCAAGCCCAUGUGUGUGGAGAGCUUCUUCACAUACCCUCCCUUAGGUCGCUUUGCAGCCAGAGACCUGAAACAAACGGUGGCUGUGGGCGUCAUCAAGUCGGUGGUGAAGGAGCAAGGCUCCAGACCACAGAAAGUGUGUAAAUAGGUGUAAUUUUUGUUUACCAGGAUUUUGGUAGAAGUGCUUUAAGUGUACAGUUAAUUUUAUUAAGACUGAAUCUUUGUGUUCUGACACAAAGUAUGCUUUUUGUGUUUUGAAGUGUACAGUAUUCCUGUGUUUAAAUCCAGAAAGAAGCUUUAAGAAUUGGAUGAUGUAUUUCUGUUUAAAAUGUGACAUCAGAAUUGAGAUGACAAAAUAAAAGGAAUUGUU